UGGGACCCAAAGCGUUAGACUCAAUGACUUCUUUCUUCCCCCCUCCCUUUUUUUUACCCCCUCCUCCUUCAACCACAAAAUAGAGAGUAAGUUUGCUUUGGCAAGCUCCGUCCGCGCCGGGCUUGCACGCAGGUAAAGGGUUACAGAUUCUCGGAAGUAUUAAAUGCAAACUUUGAAGGAUUUUAUUUUCAUCUGCAGUCACAUGAUACCUUAAUACCCAAUGACACUAACUACAGUGGCUCAUCCAGAGGUCAGGCAAACUCUCCGGCUAAACAGGGCAGUCUUACAUUUUUCACAUUCACACGCCAGAGGCACGCGGAGCUAUGGGAGAUGGUAAUCAGCCGAGUCCGCCGCUUCCUCCGCUGCUUGGAAACCCCAGGAAUUUAUUGAGCUUCUAGUACAGGGAAGGGGAAAAUGCAAAACAAUAGAAGAUCGAUUCUGCAUUUCAAGGAAUUUACAAGAGUGUUGGCUUUAGGGAAGGACCACGUGGCAGACUGUUGGAUCCUUGUUCUAAGAUCCAGAAAUCGAGGAUUUGAAUCGUGACUCCUACUUGUGAACUGUGUGACUGUGGGAAGGGAAAUUAAACUUUACAAGAAAACUAAUGGACAAUCCCCCCGACAGAUGGUAACAAAAAAUCAUCCAGAUGGGGUGCAGGUGCUGUAAAAUGAUUCAAAGCUAUCUCUUUGAUCCAGUUCAUGCGCCACCUGCUGGUUACAUCAAUGAAGUAAACAGUUACAAGCUGGAGGAAGAAGAUGGCAUCAAAUUCAAGGGCAAAGAGAACAGUGAAAUACUAGCACAUAAAAAUGACCUUCAGAAUGAGGAGCUACAAAGGACUGAGACCAAAAACAGACUAAAUAGCACACAGGAGCCUUUUUGGCAUCAUCGAGGACCUCCCAUCCAGGAGGAUCACGGAGGUGGCUCUGUGACAAAGACUGACACCAAUCUCAAUGGGUUUGGAUCCAGUACUGCUGUGUCACCCAAUGUAAAUCCCAAUCUUAGUCAAGGAAAAGAAACCACUCCCCAUGAGAGUGGCAGUGGGUCUUUGGCUAGUGCUGCAAGUGAUGGUAGUCCUGUUGAACACUUUGUUAAAGAAAGUGACCCAGGGAAAAAAGAUCACAUGCAUCAAGCUACAGAAGAGACUCAAGGCAUCCUAAAUGGAGAUUUGCAAGCUUCAGGAGAAAAUGCUUCCUGCCCAGAAAGUAACCACAUGUUGGGAGUCCAAAACCACAUCAUACAGCUACCAGUUCCUGACUAUCCUCAAGUUGAGGUGCAAGUGACAAACCAGAUUGUCGAUGAAAAUUAUUAUUUUCCGAGUAAUCACCUCCAGCCUGAGCUAAUGGACAGAGUGGAUUAUGCAGAUGGAGAGCACAUCUCAGACCUGGCUUUUUCUAAAAGGAGAAGCUGGGAUUCAUUAAAUGAAGCCAUUAAAAGUGAGGCCUUAACUAUUAACUUUAGUAAGGAUGGGUCUGAACAUGACAGUGACUGGAGCCCUGAACAGGAGGAUGCUGCUGUGGCAGAAGCCCUUGCUGCCCUCGAAGCUGCCACCGCAGGAGAGGAUGGUGAAGAGGGGUACUAGAAGGAAAUGGUUACCUCGUACAUCAGUUACUAGACUUGUUUCUCCUCUUUACCUAUUGGGCCAGAUCCUACAGGUAAGUAAGCUACUGCCUGGAUGUGAGCUGAAAUAUGGGAUGUACAUUAGUUCUUUUGGACAAAGAGUCUUGUCAUUCAGGUCAUUAAAAUGAUAAUGCAUUAAAUCAAACUGGGCCAGCUUAAAGCUUAUGGGGAUAUCAAGUGCAGAAGGAGAGAGUCAACACUUACCUAAGCACUUAGCCCAGAGUAGGUGCUCAAUAAAUACUAGUUAACUGACUGACCAAUCCCCAAACCCCAAUUUAGGCACAUUUCCAGUAAAGUGAAAAGUGAUAAACAUGCUCUUUUUAAAACUCUAUGAAAUCUCUGGGGCAGCUAGGUGGCACAGUGGAUAGAGUACCGGCCCUGGAUUCAGGAGGACCUGAGUUCAAAUCCGGCCUCAGACACUUGACAUUUACUAGCUGAGUGACCCUGGGCAAGUCACUUAACCCCAAUUGCCUCACCAAAGGAAAAAAAAAAAAACUAUGAAAUCUCAGCAUCUUCUCUCCCUCCAACAAAAACAGAGUGUCAUCAAUUACCAAAUACUAAUCUGGUCUUUAUUGGGCCAUCGCUGGGCCAGCAUCUUUUAAAUCACAUCCUCAUGGUCUAAAAGAGUUAAUGCAUUCCUUGGAAGGAUCUAAUAUAUAUCCAGAGCGUGGCUUACUUUCAGGUAGGAAUCAGGCCCAUUGGUAAAUCAUUUACUAUUUUUUGAACUAAUUAAAUUGAACAGUCUUGAACAUAAAGCAGAAUUAAUCCAUGAAUAAUUGAUUAGCCCUCAAUUGGGAUAUUUCAGACACCUUGACCUUUACUUUUUUCACAUUACUAUACCUAUCUCAUUUAAGGAGGGGGGGGGAUUCAAAAUAGCAGCACUGUAUGCAGUUAACCCCUCAGAUUUUGUUUAAACUUGUUCAUCGGCCCCAGAGGGCAGAACUAGGAAGGGUGAGUGGAGUUGCAAAGUAACAAAAGGCUGGAUGUAAGGAAAAGUCUCUGAAAAGAAGUAUAUUUAAAAUUGGAAGGGGAUUCUUUGGGAGGGAAUGGGGUCCCAUUGCUGGAGGUCUUUAAGCAAAGGCUAAAUGACCAACCACUUGUUAAUAGAGGGGAUCGUUGUUAACGUGCAGAUUGAACCAGAUAGUCCUUCUCAAUCUGGGAUUAUGUGCGGGUGGGUGUGAGUGUGUGUAGGGAG